CUGAGACCCGCGAACGCCAACACGCUUUCGCGACGCCCACUCUCGCAUCGCACCGCCGAGGAACAACACGCGAUAGUGUUCACUUGUGAACGAGUUGCGCGCCCUUUCUCUCACGCAGUGUGAUCGUGCUUCGGUACGUGAAUGCAAAACCGGACUACUCUCUUGGCACGAGACAGCACCGACAAGGAAUCCGCAGCGGAUUAUACCUCUGAAAUUUUUCAAUAGGGCAACAGGAGAUCCACGGCAUGACGGCUACGCACGGCGGCGGACGUGAAGAUGAUCGUCCGGACAAGGAUUCCGUGUACACGAUCAAGACAGGAUUUAAGAACGACGGCUACCAGCACGACCGCGACUCGAACGAUGACAUUGUCAAACCCCCACCGCUACCAGCUGAAGACGACAACUAUAUGUCUGGAAAAGUUAAAUUAAGCGUCAACGAAAAAUGGAGAAUACUAAAGAACAUUGCAGCAGUCAGUGCAGCGUUCAUGAUCCAAUUCACCGCCUUCCAGGGAACUGCCAACUUGCAGUCCUCAAUAAACGCCGCAGAUGGUCUCGGAACAGUUUCACUGAGUUCGAUUUACGCGGCUCUCGUCGUCUCUUGUAUAUUUGUACCCACAUUCCUAAUUAAGAGGCUAACGGUCAAAUGGACCCUGUGCAUAUCCAUGAUGUGCUACGCCCCAUACAUCGGGGCACAGUUUUACCCGGCGUUCUAUACUCUGGUACCAGCGGGUGUAGUGGUCGGGUUAGGAGCAGCGCCCAUGUGGACUUCUAAAGCUACAUACUUGACGCAAGCAGGAAGUGUCUACGCGAAGCUGACAGAUCAAGCCGUUGAUGGCAUUAUAGUACGAUUCUUCGGCUUCUUCUUCCUGGCUUGGCAAACGGCUGAGCUUUGGGGCAAUUUAAUCUCCAGCUUAGUAUUUUCAUCGGGAGUCCACAGCACCAACUCGACGACCGACAACUCGAGCAAGACAGUUCUGACUUGCGGAGCCAACUUCUGUAUGAUUGGCGGUGGUCACCAUGACAACCAGAACCUACACCGGCCGCCAGACAGCGAGAUAUAUGAGAUCAGUGCCAUAUACCUCGCCUGUGUCGUCGUUGCCGUGCUUAUGGUGGCCCUCCUUGUAGACCCUCUCUCAAGGUAUGGUGAAAAGCAAAGAAAGUCGGACCCCUCUAAGGAGCUCACAGGAAUCCAGCUGCUUUCUGCGACCGCUUACCAGUUGAAGAAACCAAACCAACAGUUGUUGAUCCCCAUUACAUUAUGGAUCGGAAUGGAACAAGCCUUUAUUGGAGCUGACUACACACAGGCCUAUGUCUCCUGUGCUCUUGGUAUCCGAUCAAUCGGCUACGUGAUGAUCUGUUUUGGAGUAGUCAACGCCAUCUGCUCUCUGGUCUUCGGAUCUGCCAUGAAGUACAUCGGCAGAUUCCCAAUACUUGUGAUGGGAGCUGCCCUCCACUUGGGUCUGAUCGUCUGGCUCCUGAUUUGGAAACCAAGCCCCGAAUCCCCGACGACUUUCUUCAUCAUUUCUGGUCUUUGGGGCGUGGGUGACGCUGUAUGGCAGACUCAAAUCAACGGGUUGUACGGUGUCUUGUUCAGACGUAACAAAGAGGCUGCGUUCUCCAACUACCGUCUGUGGGAGUCUGCAGGAUUCGUCAUCGCAUACGCCUACUCGACCCAUCUCUGCGCCAGAAUGAAGUUAUACGUCAUGAUGGUGAUGCUCCUAAUCGGAGUAGCUGGAUACAUCGUUGUUGAAAUAUUGCACAAGCGAAAGGCUCGCCGUCUGAAAGCCAUCGCCGAAGACCCAGCCAUCGCCGCCGAGGCCGCUAAACAGCCACCAGAAGAAGACGACGAGAAGGAUGAAAUUGAUGAUGAGAUCAUUAUUACACAUCUGUAAGCCAUUACCGACGGAUUGCUGGGCACAGCGGCAGAGCCCUACCCACAGCCACUUCGAACCGAUGUCUAAACUCCAAGAAAUACAAAGCCUCAUUCACCAGCCUAGGCUAUACCCCCCUCCACAUACACACACACAUAUAUUUAAUUUUGCCAUACUUUAAGGUAUGUACAAAAUGAUAAUGACAUCCAUAUUGUAAUCUCGAAUGUAAUUAGUGCUAUUUAUGUAUCCAAUAGUUAAGUUACUGUAAGUUGGAAGAGGAGUGAAAAAAUUGAAAAGACUUUACAAGUACAAACAUGUGGUUAAACAGGAAACGUGUUAAUUGCUACUAUUGUUGCUGGUGACCACUGCAACGUGUGGCGAGGCCCAUAUUUAAACUAUGAAAUAAAUAAGAAUCUCAUACAGUGUGGUGCUUUGAAUGUACAAAUCCGUUUAGCGGAGGAC